GUAAAACUCGGACCCGAAAGGAAAAGUAAAGACAAACACAAGAGAAAAAAAACAACAAACCACUCUUUCAAAACACAGCUGACACAAGCACAGCAUUUUCGGGGUGUUGUUUCGUAGGCUUCUGCUCCCCGUGUGUGGGUUUAAACAAAACUGUUCACCAAUCAAACCACCACAAUUAGAUGGUUGAUAGAAAAAGAUUCUAAAGUGCUACAGAACCACCCAACCAGUUUGUGUUGUUUUGUUUGGAUAAAACGGCUUUGUUAGCAUCAAGCAGAUUGUCGCAGCAGAAAAGAGUGUGGGAAGUUUGCACAACAACAACACCCUCCCGCGCUCGUAUCCAUUUCACCCCACAAGUGCCCACACUGCCAAGACCGUUGUUGCUAUUGUGCCACACGGAGAUUAGGGAGAAGCGUAGAUGAACCACCGCACAUCCGCCCAGUGGGUUCUUUCCCUUGAUUGAGGCUGAUUAAACCCACAAAAGGGCUGAGCAUUCACGGUGGAGAGGACGACCAAAGCCGGGCAGUAGCAGUAGCAUAAUAGCAUAACAGCGGUCACCACAACGUACCUGCACACGCGAGGAUGAUGCACAUGUCCUUCUGGUGGGGCUCAAACGUGGGCGACGUGUUCUUUUCCGGCCUGACGGUGAACGGUACGGGACCAAUGGUGGCCCUCUGUCUCACGCUGACCGCCCUGUCGGUGGCGUACGAGGGGCUAAAGAUCCACGGUGCUAAGGUGCGCGCUAGGACGGCACGCGAACGGGUACGAUCCGCCUCGUGUCCACCGAGCGAAAGUGCCACCCUGCUUUCCCUUGAGGGUAGCGUCAGCAAUGGGCCGCUAAGCGGCAGCAACCUAUCGCGCCGCAUCCGGAAGCUGGCCGCCGAAGCCGUCACCUUCCUCUUUCACAGCAUGCUGGGAUAUGCGCUCAUGCUGACGGUGAUGGUGUACAAUGGGUACCUGUUUGUGGCGGUCGUCGGUGGCAUGGGGCUCGGUUACUUCCUGUUUGGCCACCUCUCGAUGAAGGUGAACAUGGAGAAUAUACAGGCGCACCAGACGAAAAUGAUCUGCACCACGCGCUGCCUACAGCAAGAAUCGGUAAACCCUUCCGCAUCGACCAGUCUCGAGCAUUACCCGCGUGACUCCUCGUCGUUGGACGCAGAGCAUGGCACAAGCAGUCGGUAUGGCAUCGCGCACGGUUCGUCUGGCUGUCACUAGAGCGGGAAAUGUAAAGCGUAAAACAAAAAACGGCCUACCGAACACAAAUUACGAUACAAUUCCUGCACAGUACCCAAAGUCCCACACUAUCCACUUGCUGGCGGUUUCCACGGGUUGAUGCCGCACCGAAACUGUGAUCUUUUAGCGCUUUUUCCGCCUCCCCGUCUGAAGCAGGGUGCUGAAGGAACCGACCAAAAGGGUCAACUAACACAUGAUCAUACUUUAAAUUAGCGGGGAAGAGAAGGUGCCAACCUAUAUAAUUACCAUUUCAACCAAGAACAAACAAACUAAUUGACAAUAUUUAAGGAACAAAAAAGGGGGACCGGUCGCGUGCUAUUUAAGUAACUAAAAAAAGGGGUGUUUGCUUCCAAUCUUUUACAAAACAAAAAAAUGCUUCCGUCUUUGUGUAUUCUAAUAAUUUGUGAUAUUUUUGGUUGUCAAGCAUCCUUCCCACAAAGGGGACUUUUCUUAAACUGUUUGUUUGUACAGAAACCUGCAAAUGUUUAUAAUUGUAUAUUGAAGAGAGAGAGGGAAAAAAGGUGUAAAACUUUCGCAAUAAAGCCACAAAAGACAAUGCAUCGUUACCACACUAAGUCAUAAAGCAAA